ACCAAAAGAUAAUAUUACGAUAGAUUAAGAUUUGUGAUAUUUUUGAUCGUUCAAGGGCUCAUUAAGAAAAGUGUUUUGAUAUUAUCUAAUUAAUGAUGUGUUAUAAGAGCACCGUGCUUGAUUAACUUACAGAGUAUCUGUGAAUAAACUGUGUUACUAAAUAAUGGAAUUUAACGGACGAUUUAUUGUGUUGAUAUUGUUUGUUAUCACUCGGGUAAACUCACUAGCUUAUGACGUUCACUGGCUCAGUGGGCCUGCUACUAUUGAACGUGAUGUGCAGCCGUUGAAGCAAACUAUUGAUAUAUACUGUUACACUGGAACACCAAAGAAUUUAUUAACCUUGUGGCAAACUGUAAAGUUCCAUAUAAAGAUAAAAAAUGAUGAAUUCAGCCAGUACCUCGGUGACAAUCCAGAACAAGUUUACAAAGAUUACACAGAAGAUAGUUAUGGUUGGGCUAUUAAUCCAUUUCAAAAGAAGUCAUACAAGAGUGUGUCGCUGGAUAUUUUCACACCAACAUGUAUGGCCGUCAAUACAAAAGAAAAACACAGCAUUGAAUUACAUGUUCAAAGGGUGGAUCUCUGGCGUGUUCUGAUGAUGGUUGUGGGUGCAGCCCUUAUAUUUAUGUCUCGUACCUUGAGCGGCAAUCCGGUAUUCUUCUACCUUUGCGGCAUCGUAAUUGGUGUAUCAGCAUCGUUCAUGGUUCUCGUGUACUACAUAAGUAGGUUUAUACCAGGGAGAACAUUAACCUAUGGCUUAUUAAUCGGCGGUUGGACGGUAGGGGUGUAUCUCGUGCAGCAAAUUUGGGAGAACAUACGGAGCAUCAUGGCAGCUUAUCAAUCAUACAUCUUCUGGUAUAUUCUGAUGGCUGGCUUCAUCAGUUUCGUGGUCUGCUACAGAAUCGGACCACCGAAGAAUCAGAGAAGCAAAAAUCUUGUCAUGUGGACUUUGCAGGGUGUAGGCGUGGUCGUGAUUAUAUUCAGCAGUCAAUAUCAAGAAGCAUCAACGGCUGUGACCGUCAUCACGCUGGGAACCAAGUAUUUCCCGAAAUCGAUUCUCUACUACAUACAGGCUUUCUGGCGGCGCCGCUUCCCGCCCAAGCCGCGCCUGCUGUCGAGCGAGGAGUACUACGAGCAGGGCGCGCGCGAGACGCAGCGCGCGCUGGACGGCCUGCGCCGCUACUGCGCCAGCCCCGACUGCCAGCAGUGGAGCGUCAUGCUGCGCCUGCACGACGCCAAGCGGUUUGCGAGUUUCGUGGAAGGUAAUUCACACCUGAACGACGACGAAGUCAUAGACUAUGAAUCGUAUGCGUUCUCGAUGGAACAUUCGAAGCCGGUCGCGAACUCCACCAGGAAUAUGGAGAUAUCCGAUGACGACUCGUCGGAGUAUGGUGACGAGGAUUGAAUGAAUUUUCGAUCGAUUGGUGAUUCUAAUAAAAACGUAACGAUUCUCGAAAUAUUGGUCGUCGAAGUGACGAAGUCGUGUUGGACUAGGCUCGUCCCGGUUUCUCCGGACAUCGCCUCGUUUUUGAAGGAUUUUAGGGGGUUCUUAAACGUGAUUUGCGUAACGUAAACAAAUAAAGCAUCUACGAAGGAUGGAUUUAUUCAUAUUAAUUUCAAGUAUUUUUUAAUAUUCAUUUAAUUUUCAGUCACAAUUUUUUUACUUUAUUACUACAUACUUAAAAAGUCUGAUUUUUUUUUUGUUGUAUACAUUUUAUUAUCUGUGUCUUAAAAUAACUUCACUUUAAUGACAUUUUGAACUCUGACAUUACUAUGUUUUUAUUGAAAUUGAAGUAUCUAUACUUUCUUAUAAGCUAAAUUUAUUUCUUAAUUCCUACAAAAUUAGUGUUAUAAUACUGUUACUGACAGUUUACCCGCGUUUAAUUUAAUUUUUUCUGUUAAAUAACAAGUUAAUACUACCUAGAUCCUUCAACAAUAAACCUACAGCAAAAAUCUUAUGUAUUUUGAUCGGACUAAUCCGAGGAACUACUGUUCCUAUGAUCGUCCAGUUUGAUAAUUUUAGUAUGGAUAUUAGAUCUCAUUUAUCACAUUUAGAUUAUUAUAUUUUUAAUUAGCAUGUUGCCUUCAUUGGCACUUAUAUCUCAGUUACAAUAGACAAGUUACACGACCAAAUUCUAAACAAGCUCAUGCGUUAAACUUGUACUUAGUUUAUUGAAUUUUAAAACGUUUUUGUAUAUUUUGUUACAAAUGAAAUGUAAACGGCUAAACGAACUCUUUGGAACUUUUUCAUUUAUAUACAUAGCGACAUAAGCCUUAUUUUCAUCUCGGCUUCAGUUUCUCGUAACAACUAGUUUAUUAUAAAAUUUGCUAAAACGUAUAAGAAUGCUCUUUUUAACGUUAAAUGCGAAUUCUGAUAUUUAUUAAUUUA